CUCUCCUCUCGUUCUCUCUCACAAUUAUCACAUUUAACCAGAAGGCAUAGAAGCAGGCAUACUGCUGAACUGUUUCAUUUCAACUUAAUUUGCAUCUCCUAAAACAUCAUGAGCUCGAUUCAUGUGUACUGGAUUUUCCACUUGCACUUGCUCAUAAUUAUAUUUUGUGAUCUUGAAAUGCAUGCAGGUAGUGUUAAAUUUUCCACUCUUGAGUCUUUGAUUCUUCGUUUGAGGCAUUGAAGCUUGUUAUUUUGUCUGUGUUAUCAAAAUCUUGGAGUUCUUAUUACCAUUUCUGGCAGAAUCGUCCAAGAAACUUCUGCAUUCAACUUGUGGUGCUAGCUGCCAGGUAACAAGAGUUAAUACGACACCACGGCAGGCAUAUUCAAUUCAGAGAAAGCUUUUGUUACAUGGUAAAUAUUCCAUUGCUGUUCAUGUAAAUAUUACAUGGUAAAUAUUUCGUAUAAGCUAUUUUAAUACCAGCACAAUUUAGCUGUUCAUCUCAAAUGUACCAUUCUUUUCUGCUUUGCUUCCUUUCUUCAAUAGGUAGUUGCACAAACAGAGAUAUAAGCAUCUCCCAAAGCAGGGAUUCCACUUCUGGGAUCCCACAAUACAUAGUGCAGAUUGUCAACACCUGCGUUUCUGGUUGUCCUCCUUCAGACAUCCAUCUCCACUGUGGUUGGUUUGCCUCUGCAAGAAUAGUAAACCCGAGAACCUUCAAAAGGGUCUCCUAUGAUGACUGCUUGGUAAAUGGAGGUAAAGCUUUGAAGACUAGCCAAGCCAUCAGAUUCACUUACUCCAACUCCUUCAUGUACCCUCUUGUAUUCAAGUCUGCUGCGUUUUGCUGACCUCUACCGUGAAGAAAUUUGUACAAAGAAGUUAUGUAGGAAAGCAGACUGGGGUAUCCAAUUA